GUCUGAAAUGGAAAAGAAUAUAUUUACAGUUUAUAAUUUUUAGGGUGAAAGAUCCAAGCUGUGUGACAAGAAGAGAUUGAGAUUUUACUUCAUAUUUUGUAUUGAUAUUGUGAUUUCGAACAAUACGUGAAGUAAAAUGGAUUUGAGAAAAAUGAAAAAUGAAGAAAAGCUAAACCUCUGUAGACGAUAUUAUACUGGUGGAUUUUUUUUACUUCCGUUCCUGUGGUUUGUCAAUGCAGUAUGGUUUUUCAAUGAAGCAUUUCGUAAGAGCCACUAUGAAGAACAGAAAAUGAUCAGAACAUAUGUGAUUCGAUCAGCAAUAGGAGCCUUUAUAUGGUUAGCGGGUCUUAUAGCAUGGAUUGUGGUGUUUCAGAUGAAUCGGGCUGAAUGGGGAGAGUUUGCUGAUUCUUUGUCAUUUAUUAUUCCUGUAGGAAUACCAUAAUAUUUUAUACCACAAUAAUAAUGUAGAUUUUUUUAAAAACUAUAUGACCUUCCUUCAGAAUUCACAAGAGUAAAGUAAAAAUUACAUGUUCCUUGCUAUCAUAAACUCUGAAAAAUUCUUAUGUAAUAUUUCUUUUAUUGACUUCUAAACUUUGGACAAGAUCUAAACAAAAAAAAUUAAGAUUUCAUUGGAUUUAGAAUUUAAUUCUAUGUGCUGAUUAUUUUGUGCUAAAGAUUCAUAUUAUCUCUUCACUGGAUCAAGAUAUGCUUGUUAUAUUAUUUUCUGCUUAUAAAAAAAUAUGGCAUGUAAUUAUGCUUGAAGUAUCUUAAGCUGAAAAAUUGUAUUUUAUAAACCAUUGUGAAUUUAUAGUAAACAAGGAACUAUAUAACUUUUUCACAAAAUUGGGAUGGAUAAUAGUGUAGAUGAUAUAUCAGUUACAUAAUACAUGAAUUUUAUAAUUCUAAAUGUAACAAAGCAAGACCUUCGUAAAACAAGCUUUUCAUAUAGAAAGUUAUGUACAUUAUGUUUUCAUUUUGUAUUUCAUGUUUUUUUUUUCAUAUUGUUCAUGGUGUUUUUUGCUUCUUCAUAAAUUGUUUUAAUUUUUUACCGUACUUUUUACUCACCCUAUUUUAAUACUUGAUUAAUUGGUUAAGACAAGCAUAAUUUAUUUGAUAAUAGAAGACAAUAUUCACUUUGAUACCAUAUCCAUCAAUAAGAUGUUAAGAAAGGUAUUUUGUUGUAUUUGGAUAAAGGUGUGUAAAAAUAUAAUUUGUAAUUUAAUAGUUAAGUGAUAUUAAAAUGGAACAAUUUAUCAAGUAGCGUACUGGAAUUUAAUGAGUUUUAAAAUGGAGAAUGUUAGGAUAUUAAAACUUUUUAUUAAAGAUAUUAAGCUUAGUUCUGAAUUAGUUCAAUAUAUUUUUCAUGUUGUUGUAUUUAUUAUUUAACAUUAUAAAUCAUAAUGUCAACAAAAUCAUCCCAAUGUUUUAACUUAUUUUUGUAAAUAAAAUUUUGUAAGCAGAGAUUUUAUUUAUUUUAAAAUAGGUUGUUUAUAAAUAUCACUUCUUAUUAUUUUUUGCCUGUUUUGACCUAAAACAAGAAAAACUAAGAUGAAUUUUAGAAAGUUUUAGAGAAUUUCUCAAGAGACGAAUUUUAUAGAUGUCUUAGAAUUUUUAUUGAAUUUUAUAGAUUUAAAGGGUUUUUUUCCUGAAAUAUUUUUGCUAUUAUUGUUAUGCUUUCAGUGCUAAAACUUUUCAACAAUAUGUGUAAAGAGAAAUACAGGACUGAGUAUUCUGCAAGAUGAGCAAAAAUUUUCAAUAAAUUUUAACUUAAUGAGUGAGGUCUUGCAAUGCAAGUAGUACGUAUAUGUUUUAUCUGCUGAACAUCAUGUGAACACAACUGAGCUGAUGGUUCUUAUCUUAUUACUGCAGGGUUAUGGGUUCUCAUCUCCAGGGUUCAAUCUCACUUUGCAUGUCUCAUUUCUGUAAACAUCUCAUUUGUAUAGUGAAUAUUAACAUCUAGACUGCCAUGUGCUUUUUACAAUAGCAUUGUGACUGUGAAUGUAUGCAUGAAAGGCAUCUAUUUUUUAAUUUUAUGUGAUGUGUAAGAUUAUUCUUUAGUAACUUUACUGCAACAAUGCCCCGCAUGAAGACGAAAGUUGAAAAGGAUGGUGAUAAGAAGAAACAAGUGAUUAUGGUGGAAGUUAAAAAGGAAAUCAUCAAAAAGCGUGAAUAAGGUAUAUGGGAAGCCCAAUAUUGCAAAUUUUUGUAACAUGUUUUUGCUGUUAAUAAUUCUCAUUUACCUGAAUCAGAACAAGUCCCCAAAUUAUUAUCGUGGCAAGGGGUGCUAGACUGCACCUGUUGUUGAGCACCAUGCAAGUGACAUGUGUGACUUUGUUCAGUUCUGCCCAAAUUCUGAAGGAGAGCACCUCGGGAAACAGGCCCUCUUCUCCUACCACUAAUUUUUCGAGGACUUUCGUCUCGCUGCAUAGUUUGAAUGCCCCAUGCUGCGCAGACACUAUACAUUUUCAAACAUCCAUGCCUUCUCCAGGAUUUGAACCCAGGCCCUUCAGUAUGGCAGUUAGCAUCGCUAACUACUUCCCAUCUGGGCGGCAUAACAUAUUUACAUCAAUGAUGUGCACAGUGUUUUAAAAAAAUGGAGAAAAAGGGACUAAAUGCAGCAAAAGGUAUCACGAAAUAUUAAAGAAAUGGCCACAGGCUCUGGGAGAUGCAGAAAAGUUCUUGUGUAGCUAAUUGAGAAACAAUUAUCUGGUAAUAACUAUCUGUGAGAAAGCAAAAGCCUUAUAUACUGAUGUCAGAAGUAAAGUGCCAGGUACGUAGACAAAAACUGAAGGAUUUUAGGUGAAGCUGGCAAUGGUUUGAUAAAUUUAAGAGAAGCAGCAGCAUCUAUAGUGCUGUAAGGUUAGAUGGAGAAGUAAGAAACUGCAAGGUCGGAUGCAAAGGUAGCUAAGGCAUUUAUUGCUGAGCUCCAAAACCUGCCAUAGCAAGUUUCAACUAAUAUGAAAUGUAGCUUUUUUUGGGAAAGAUAGCAAAGAAGACCUGUAUUAUAGCAAAAGAGAAUGCAGUGUCGAGGCACAAGCUCAUGAAAGACCAUCUUGCCCUCUUGUGUUCUAUUGUAAGUGAGAAUUUUGAAGCCAAGUCCAUAUGUAUGAAUCAUUCUGAGAAUCCAUGAAUUUUUUAGGAAUACAAGAUGAAGAACAACAAGUUUAAUAUGUCAGAGUCCAAUGGCAAAGCUUGGGUAACUCGUGUGUUGUUCAUUGAGGUAAUCAACAAGGCCUUUCAUUCUGCAAAGAAGAAAUCUGUCCCUCAGAUUCUUGCUGGCUAUGUAUACUAUUCCUGUGUAUCCUUCAUCGACUGUUUUUUUUUUUUUUUUUUUUU